CGUAGCGGCCGGCGAGGGGCGGGGACUGGGCCGGAGGCGCGGCUGUGGAGGCUGCGGCUUCUGCUGCUCACCGGGGGACGGACAACCUGCCUGCCUGCCUACCUGCCGGGCAGCUGCUGCAUUGGCUCCGGAGCGUGACUCACAAAAGCUGGGCAGUCCACUUUCAAGAAGAGGAGCACGGCAGAAGACGCAGCUCCAGUCCUGUGCGGGAAGUUAAAAGAACGUCAGGAAAGGAAGGCCUUUUGGACUCGGAUCAAAGGAUGUCGUUCUGGAACUGCCCCUGACUUGACUUAUGCGAGGCCAAAUUGCCCGUUGUCGGUAUACCAGUGAGGAGCAACUGAUACGAACCUGCCAUCUGGUUGGGUUGUGCUCAUUGACCUAAGGAGGGCCACCAGAAGUCAUUUUUGACAGAAGGAUCACCAGAAGUCAUUUCUACUUGUUCCAGAGUCUCUUGUCGAUCUCCACUCACUCAUUCCGUUUGUAGAAGUCUUCCCCUGAAUUUUUGAUUUUUUUUUUAAAAAAACACGCUAAAGGAUUUUACCGCUGUCCUUGGAUUGUUGAGCAUAUUUUUCCCGUUUGGAUGUUAAGGCAAGUGUUUCCCAACAUGAGGCCCCCUGUUCGAGUGGCAUCGGCUGGAUUUAAAGGGGGGGAAAAUACAACAUGUAUAUCCAUGUAGCUUCAUGAAGUGCACAUGAGCAGUCUGGAGAACCAAACUUUGUUUUCCUCUUGCGCAGCGUAGUUCUUAUGCUGCAUGAAAGUGAGGCUUGAUCAGGAUAAUAUCCAGGUAUACAAACACCUGUAUGCUGCGCGGCUGAAACAUGUCUUGGAAGAGGAACUAUUUUUCUGUGGGACGGGGCAGCGUGCAAGGAAUGUUCACUCCACGCAACAUGACAUCCAUAGCUCCCAGUAAAGGUCUCAGCAACGAGCCAGGGCAGAAUAGCUGCUUUCUGAAUAGUGCAUUGCAGGUCCUCUGGCAUCUUGAUAUUUUUCGACGCAGUUUCCGACAGCUGACUACUCACAAAUGCAUGGGAGAUUCCUGUAUAUUUUGUGCUCUCAAAGGUAUCUUUAACCAGUUUCAGUGCAGCAGUGAGAAAGUAUUGCCUUCCGAUGCUCUUCGCAGUGCCCUUGCAAAGACCUUUCAAGAUGAGCAACGCUUCCAGCUAGGCAUCAUGGAUGAUGCUGCAGAAUGCUUUGAGAAUCUCUUGAUGAGGAUUCACUUCCACAUUGCAGAUGAAUCCAAAGAAGACAUCUGCACUGCCCCACACUGCAUUUCACACCAGAAGUUUGCCAUGACCUUAUUUGAACAGUGUGUCUGUACCAGCUGCGGUGCUACCUCUGACCCUCUGCCCUUUAUCCAGAUGGUGCAUUACAUCUCAACUACUUCUCUCUGCAAUCAGGCAAUCUGCAUGCUGGAGAGACAAGAGAAACCCACUCCAGAUAUGUUUGGAGAACUGCUCCAAAACGCCAGCACAAUGGGGGACUUGAGAAACUGUCCGAGCAACUGCGGAGAGAAGAUUCGCAUUCGCCGUGUGCUGAUGAACUCCCCGCAAAUCAUCACCAUCGGCCUGGUGUGGGACUCGGAUCACUCAGACCUGGCAGAGGAUGUCAUUCACAGCCUGGGCACCUGCCUGAAAUUGGGGGAUCUUUUCUUCAGAGUAACGGAUGACAGAGCAAAACUGUGCGAACUGUACUUAGUUGGAAUGAUCUGUUAUUAUGGGAAACAUUAUUCCACCUUCUUCUUCCAAACAAAAAUCCGCAAGUGGAUGUACUUUGACGACGCACACGUGAAAGAGAUAGGUCCCAAGUGGAAAGAUGUGGUGACCAAAUGCAUUAAAGGUCAUUACCAGCCCUUGCUGCUACUUUAUGCAGACCCUCGAGGCACUCCAGUAUCAACACAGGAGAUUCCAGCACAAGUGGAUCUACCACAAUAUACCCGGACUUACUAUGACAGCGAAGACUCAGGGCGGGAACCUUCCAUUGCAAGUGAUACUAGGACAGACUCCUCGACAGACAGUUACCCCGUUAAGCAUUCACACCAUGAAUCUGUGGUCAGCCACUUCUCUUCUGAUUCUCAGGGAACUGUUAUUUACAACAUGGAGAACGACACCGCAUCGCAAAGCAGCAGGGACACAGGGCACCUGACUGACAGUGAAUGUAAUCAGAGGCAUGUUUCCAAAAAGGGCUCCCUGACAGACCGUAAGAGGAGUUCCAGCAGGUCUCGGAAAAAGGGGGAUGAGUCGCAGCCAUCAGGAUAUCAUAGUGAAGGGGAAACACUGAAAGAGAAACAGGCGCCCCGAACUGUCCCCAAAGCAUCCAACAGCAGCAGCAGGCUACGGGGGUUUAAAGAGACCGUCAGCAACAUCAUCCACAACAGACCCUCGCAGACGAGCCAGGGCUCUCCACGUGGAGGGAAGGGGCAGGCCGAAGUACAGCCGCAGCCCAGAGACUGGGAGACGGGCAGCACCAGCAGCGAAUCCAAACUGAGUUCAUCGAGCAAGUACCGGCCAACCUGGAGGCCUAAGAGGGAGGCGCUCAACAUCGACAGCAUCUUCAGUAAAGAAAAGAGGAAGCAAGGUGGCUACGCACCGCUGAGCCCUUUCUCUGAAGAGGCAGCUAAAGAAUUCACAGAAGAUGGACUAAAAGAGUCACUUAUUCAAGAAACAAGACCAACCCGGUACAAGCAGUGGACUCUGGGUCGAGGUGUGCACUUUAUGUCUGACCAGCAUCCUCGUCUUAUCCAGAGGAUGGAGUCUGGCUAUGAAAGCAGCGAACGCAACAGCAACAGCCCAGUUAGUCUGGACAUGCCUUUGUCAGAGAGCUCCAGCACUUCCAGGGAUUCGUAUAUGAAGCGACCUGGGGCUUUUGUUCCUGCGUGGCGAAAUAUCCCCAAAUCCCACAGCAGCAGCAUCUUGGAAGUAGAGUUGGCUUCAUCUCCUGGUGGCUGGGCAAAGAGCAAGCACUCCAAUGGAGGCGACAUGCUUGUCUCUUCCAAGAGCGAGCUGGAUGAACUGCAAGAGGAAGUGUCUCGGAGGGCACUGGAGCAGGAGCUCCGGCGGAAGCGGGAGAAGGAGAUGGAGGUUGCCAUGGGCUUCAAUCCCCUCCCCAGCCGGUUCAUGGACCUGGACGAGCUGCAGAGCCAGGGGAGGACCGGCGGCCUUGAGCUGUGUGUGCAGGAGGCAGACGCUGUCUUGGAGGAGUCCCUGCGCCAGGAGCAGAAGGGCGACUGCGCUGCGGCUUUGGCUCUCUGUAACGAAGUGAUAUCUAAACUAAGACUUGCCAUGCAUGGUGCCAGCUCUAGCGCUCACAGCAGAGCCCUAGUCGAUAAGAAGCUGCAAAUCUGUAUCCGAAAAGCCCGGAGCCUCCAGGAUCGCAUGCAGCAUCCACAGCCGGCACAGCCGCCGCCCACGUGCCACCUGCCGCAAGGGGGCCACGUGACACAAUCUACAAGUGAACAGGCUGGCCCGCUCCAAGUACUGCUGAGCCAGAAGAUGCUACUGGAGCCCAGCAGAGAGGCAGAACCUGGGUCCAGUUCUUACUUCCAUCCACCUGCUCCCCAUCAUGAAUUGCAAUCAUCCUAUCCAGAACCUUUUCCCCCACCCCCUCCUGAAAGGAGCCCCUCGCCCAAGGCGACUCUGAAUUGUCAGGCGGCUGCUCCUGGCUUCGGUGACUGGGUUGCCCCUUUCCCCUGUAGACACGGGGCCAAUGGCAGACCCAGACAAAGGGAGAACGAAGCCCUCUGUGACGCGGCCCGGGAGAGAGUCUCCGGCAACAGCCUUGCAGGGAACAAAGAUCGCAGCGGCGCGGGCGAGUUCGAAGAAGCCCAGGAUGCCGCAGCCGCAUCUCUCACUCCUCGCUGCAAAACGCAACGUCACAUGGUAAACUCUGGGUCGCUGCCUGUCCUCUUCCCUCCUCCGCAUCCGGCGCACGCGCCGCCUGAGCAGAAGGGGCAACGCAGCCCGUCGAGCUUCAGACCGUCGAGCUUCCCCGAGUGGCCCAGCGCCGUCCCAGAAGGGGCCUGUCCUGCCGUCACUCCUUUGCCUCCCGGCCUGGCAGAGCCGUUACAGACUGCAAGUAGGUACCUCCAAUCAAAAAGCCGCGGAAGCUUACAUCGCUCGCAGGAAGAAAUAGCGAAUGGGGAUUGUCGGGAUUCUGAGAUGAUUCCCGCCAAGGGGCGUGUCCGUUCCCUUGCAGAGCAGUUUCAGCGCAUGCAGGAGAGGGAAAGUGCUCAUGAGAGAGAAAGGACGGCGGCUCUCUGUCACGAUCAGAGGGCUCCUAAGUUAUUGCAGGAAUCCUUCGGCAAUCCUCCAUCCGUGGGACCUAGGCAGCCGGUCGCCGAAAUCCGAGGGAAUGGCAUCCGGCCCACUGAGAACCUGGUCGCCUGCCUGGAUUCCAGGGGGCACUCGAGUUCUGAGGGUUGUUUUAGCGUUCACAGUCUAACUUCUAAGAAGUGUGGCUUGCACAGUGAAGAGCAGGGCAGCAGAGGGAAACCAAGUGCUGUGGAUCGCGAUGUUCGCCAAGGGAAGCUCAGUCUCGAGGGAGAAGGCAGGCAGAUGAAAGAGAGGAAUCCUGCUGGGUUGGUUGCCCCUGUGCCCGUGGACUGUUGGGUGGACAAUGUCAAAAGGCACUACGGCUCUCAGCAGGAUUGCCAGGUGGCGCUCGGGCAGGUGCUCCCUGCCCCCCGCCUCAGAGCCUUUGCGGAAGAGCCCCUGCUGAAGCACCCACAGUGGAAUCAAGACACAGAGCAGGAGAUUUCCGAGCUGGAGUCCCUGUAUCAGGCUAGUUUGCAGGCACCUCAGACAAGCCGUUCUGUGUUGGGAAGGCGGGACACUUCUUGGCAGCCAUCGGGCAAGACAGCAUCUGGAAAUUUAACUACGAGGAAGUUGCCGAGUGCAGCUGGCCUGGGUCUCUCAAAAACCCCUACAGCAGAGAUUGAGCGCAACCUCUACAGAUUUACCUCAUCUCCAGUAUCCAAGGUGCCGUACACCAGCAACCAUGGCCAGGAGCCAGAGGAGGAGGAGGGGUACAGUGCAGAGAACUUCCGUCGCAUUGCCCGCAGUCUCAGUGGAACAGUCAUCACAAACAAGGAAGAGAUGCUUUCCUCUUCCCAUAGUUUUGAAAUGUCCAGUGAGAGGAAAAUGCCGGUGGAAGCCAGGCACCGUUCUUCCAGCACCGCUUCCCUCACUUUCCCUCACGACUCUCCUCCUGUGUUACCCUUUGAUCCCCAGCACUGUUCAGCCCAACUGCAGCACCUCUCCCAUGAUGCACCAGUGCCUAGCACGGUGGGCAGGACACAUAGACAAUCAGGAAAUCAGAAGAACAUCCCAAAAAUUCUGGCUGUGCUUGACAGGAGUGAAACAUUCCGAGAUGAAGACAACCCAAGUGCGGCCUUGAGCAACGGGCUCCUCCGUUUCAGACAGCAGCCCCCCUCCGCUCAGGGGCCAAAUCCUCUCCCCAGCCAGCAUUCAAGCAGGCAGGAAGCAUCCAGCGCCCCUGGCCUCUGGCCGCAGAUGCGUCUCACUGCCAGACAAACAGCAACACUGCCACACCAACGGACAGUCCGCCAGGGGAAUCCGACCCAGCCAAAGAAGGGAUCACAAGAACACUUGCUCCAGCCGCCGUCGCAGCAAGGAAACCACACGUUGUAUGUUGCUAACGGCAGGCCGCCUUUUGGCGCAGAAUAUAGUCCCUUGAGAACAGUGCACAAGUCAUCCAAGGACACAGCUGGUUUUGAGGCCUGCCCUGUGCCUCCCGCCCAGGCCAAGGCCCCCGGUCCAAGGAGGGUCGACAUGCCCCCAGAUGAAGAUUGGCGGCAGAACAGCUACGUCCCUCAGCCUGGAGCCCGGCGAAUGUUGCCAGUGCACAUGAUGGACCUGACUUACUCCUCCGCCUCUGAAGCGCACCAGAGGAUGCUGGUCCACGCGGCUACGGCCUCCGUGCCCACCGGCGGCUGGUGAGGCCUCUCAUGAAAUUGGCUGUCUGACUAGUAGCUACUGAAAUGCAGCCGAUGACUGGGCCGAGAGCAGGGUUCUUCUUUUUCUUUCCCUCUCCAGUUAGUGUCUGUGCCAAUCUUGUCUUAAGAAGUAGCGAUACAGUAAGUGGAAGCGAAUUGCACUGUGUUUGUGUAUUUCUCAAUCACUGUUGUGGGGUGGGGGUGAGGGAGCUGUUUGGGGACUCCGUUCUUGGCUUCUCUCCACGGAGACAUCUUGCUGGCAAGAGGGCACAAUUGGAAUCCAGGCCGAAGAUGAAAUCUCCGUCGGUUGGCCACAGACUGGUUGUUGGAGGACCGCCUUUAGUGCUCACCUGCUGUUUGGUUUUGAGUGGUUCGCUGUUAGACAGGGUCGGGUUGUGGCAAAGGGAGCUUUCUGGGCUCCCCCGCAUUUCAAAGAAGAGAGUGGCAGCAUUUACGAGUCCAUGAAGCAAGGCCUGGUUCUUUGUGCUGCAGUGUCACCGAUGAAGGACUGCCAUGGAUGCCAGCGAAGAGGACCCAGAAGGGACGAUGUACAACCUGUGCAAACUAACAGUAGCAAAGACUGUUAAAGCACAAAAGUGGCCAUGUGCUUUGGUAUAACCUUGUAAACACAGAAUCACUUUAACUAUUUUAGGGUCAAGCAUAAUUGCCUUUGUAAGUAUUUUUCAAAUAAAUCAAUCCAAUAGUUAA